AUGGAUGACAAAAUCGUUAAACCCUUGAGUAGAGAAGAGUUGCUUGAAUUUGAAAAGGCGCAAAAUAAGACUGGACUAGUAUACUUAUCAAGAAUUCCACCAUUUAUGAAACCUCCAAAAAUCAAGCACCUCUUGAGUCAAUAUGGCGAGGUAGGAAGAGUUUAUCUUGUACCCGAAGAUCCCAAGAUAAAAGAAAGACGAGCAAAAUAUAGUGGAAAUAGAAAGAAAAAUUAUACAGAAGGUUGGGUAGAAUUUAUGGAUAAGAAAGUUGCGAAAUUGGUUGCAGUUACUUUAAACACACAGCCUAUUGGUGGAAACAGGCGUAACAACUAUCAUGAUGACCUAUGGAACAUUAAAUAUUUGCCAAAGUUCAAAUGGAACCAUUUGACGGAGCAAAUAGCAUAUGAAAAUGCUGCAAGGGUUCGGCGACUUCAGGCAGAGAUUUCUCAAGGACGUAGAGAAAAUAAGGAAUAUAUCAAGAAAGUGGAGAAAGCAAAAAUGAUUCAAAACAUCGAACAGAAAAAGGAAAAGAAACGUAAAGCCAUCGAAUCGGAGAGGGAUAACGCGUCCGAAACUUUACCUGUUGAUGUUGACGAAACGAAGAAAAAGCCAAAGAUUUCUGAGGACAAUGACACCGUCACUUCGACCAAUAUCAAAUCAACCUCUAACAAUAACCAGAAGCGCCGUCAUAUAAAACAAAGAAAGCUUAUAACAAAAGAGUUUGAUGUAACUACCGGUGACGCGCGUAACUCGUUAAAAACAGAUGACGAGGUAAAGCGCACGUCAAGCGGGAUCAAAGGAGUCUUAAAUAAAGUAUUUGGAAAAUAA